CUUCACUUCAUCGGUUCUCUCUCUCUCUCUCUCUCUCUUCACGGAGAAGCCUCCCUUUGCGUUCUCUACGAAAGCCUGGAGGAAUCUCUCUCCAGAGUCGCUUCUAUGUACAUGUAUUUCUCUCUCUAGAUUCGUUGUAUUUGUAUGCUUCGUCUCGAACGAAUCGGUUGUGCUCUCAGAUUCGAGUGUUUUCCAUCACGAAAUGAGAAACGAAUCUUGGAGUGAAACUAGGGCUUCAAAGUAUUAGUUCGUCUUCAAUGGUGAUCAGAGGCGUUGAUUUCAAGUGGUACGAUGGGUUUUUCUUGUCAAUGCUGGCGAUGAGUAUAAUAAUUGUUGCCAUCAAUUGGAAGAGGUACCAUCUUUGUACAUACCCAUUGCACAUAUGGAUCGUGGUUGACUACACGACGGUGUUUGUUUUUAGGCUUUUGAUGUUUGUGGAUUAUGGUCUUGCUUCUGGGAUGGGAUUGGAUUUUGGGUGGCAACAGAGGUAUGCUCGUUUUUGUGGAAGAAUGGUGGUUCUUUCAAUUCUUUCUCUGCUAUUUUAUCCUUUUCUUUGGGCUUGGACUAUUAUUGGUACCUUAUGGUUCACUAAUGCCAGAAACUGCUUGCCUGAAGAAGGUCAGAAAUGGGGUUUCCUUAUUUGGUUACUUUUCAGCUACUGUGGACUCUUUUGCAUUGCCUGCAUCUCUGUGGGGAAGUGGUUAACACGAAGGCAGGCUCAUUUACUACGUGCGCAGCAGGGGAUUCCUACUUCAGAAUAUGGGGUGUUGGUCGACAUGAUUCGGGUACCAGGUUGGGCUUUUGAAGCAGCUGGCCAAGAGAUGAGAGGCAUGGGCCAAGAUGCAGCUGCAUACCAUCCAGGGCUUUACUUGACCCCGACUCAGAGAGAAGCAGUGGAGGCACUUAUUCAGGAACUGCCAAAGUUCAGGCUGAAGGCAGUUCCUACUGAUUGCAGUGAAUGCCCUAUCUGUUUGGAAGAGUUUCAUGUGGGGAAUGAGGUUCGUGGCCUGCCUUGUGCUCACAAUUUCCAUGUGGAAUGCAUUGAUGAGUGGCUUCGGUUGAAUGUGAAGUGCCCUCGAUGCCGUUGCUCAGUUUUUCCAAACCUUGACCUUAGUGCCUUAUCUAAUAUACGUGCUGAUCCAGAGCGAUUAUCCGCCAGUGUUGUGACAGCAACUCGAUAUGUGAGAACACAAUCUUCUAGCCAGAGCUACCUGUUGAGAUUGCAGGGUUUGCUUCGACCAGUCCGCACAGAAAAUGCAGGACCUGGCAAUGAUUCAGACAUUGCUUUGGAAGCUGCUGAAAAUGGAGGUCUUCCCGGGGCUACUCAGGGUCGAGGAAGUGUAGAGCCCGGGCAAGUACGGGCUGAACAGUCCUCCCCGCAACAGCACUAAACUGUUUUUUGUGUCCGUGUGCAGGUUUUUACUCGAUCCCCUAACCACAUGGGCGUAGAGAAACUGAAUUGACUUCUUUCUAUAUCUGGCCAUUGUUCAAUGCUUGUACUGGUUUCCCAUUGCAAUGAAAAGAGUUUACUGAUUGAUCAACUAGUCUCUCUCUCUCUCUGGAGCACCGCAGCCAACAAGCUUAUUUUUGUUUCUAAGCAAUUAGAAGAGCGUGGCAUUUGACCUCCCUCAAAUAGAUGGAUCUGGGGUUGAUUGUGAAACCGAGCAGAGAGAUUCGUCCAGCCCUCAGUAAUAGAUCUUGAAGAAGAUGCAUGUUAUUGAUUGCCAAUGUCUCUUGCUUGAGUAAGUCUCAGGAAUGUCUCUGGCAUGACAUUGAGAAAGGAAAGGGAAAGAAGGAUUGAAGUAAUGUGAUCAUGUUCCCAAACUAGAGUGAAAGGGAAGAAUUUAGGUUUCUUGUCUCGAAGUCUAAUGUUCGACUCGCAUAACAUAGUCUUGACUUAUGAGAUGGGGGUGAUUAUGCAUACUUCAUGUCGUGUUAUAGCUACUAGUACAUAAAAUGUGUGGUUGAGACGGUUCUAUAUUCUUCUUAAAAAAUUUGCACUUAAAAAGAAAUUCAUCUAUAG